UCCGCCUCUCCCCGUUCCCAUUUCCACUCAUUGCUCUGCAAUAACGCACACCCUGCAGUAUUGCACAUUGUUUUGCAGCCAUGGAGACUGGCAUUGCCUGCUUCGCCAGAGGUACCUUCCUACCCAAUGUUUCUUCCAAACACUCUCCUCCGUCCGUCUCUCCGUCUUUCGGAUUCACGAGUCUGAAAUCAAGCUCUUUAUUCGGGGAGUCACUAAGAGUGGCAUCCAAAUCAACUGUAAAGGUUUCAAAGCCACGGGAUGCUUCGCUUGUGACCAGAUGUGAAAUUGGUGACACCCUGGAAGAGUUCCUUACAAAGGCAACUCCGGAUAAGGGACUGAUCCGGUUGCUGGUGUGCAUGGGAGAAGCAUUGAGAACCAUUUCCUUCAAAGUGAAGACUGCUUCUUGCGGUGGAACUCAAUGUGUUAAUUCCUUUGGGGACGAGCAGCUUGCUGUGGAUAUGCUCGCCAACAAUCUUCUUUUUGACGCCUUAAGACACUCGCACUUCUGCAAAUAUGCUUGCUCAGAGGAAGUUCCUGAACUCCAGGACAUGGAAGGUCCAGUUGAAGGUGGAUUUAGUGUUGCAUUUGACCCGCUCGAUGGCUCCAGUAUUGUGGACACAAAUUUCACUGUGGGCACAAUCUUUGGUGUGUGGCCUGGAGAGAAGUUAACCGGGGUCACUGGAAGAGAUCAAGCUGCUGCAGCCAUGGGAAUAUUUGGUCCUAGAACCACAUAUGUGCUUGCUCUUAAGGACUACCCUGGAACACACGAAUUUCUUCUUCUUGAUGAAGGAAAAUGGCAACAUGUCAAGGAGACCACAGACAUUGGUGAAGGAAAACUUUUCUCUCCUGGAAAUUUGAGAGCCACAUCUGACAACCCUAAAUAUAAUGAGUUGAUCAACUACUAUGUGAAAGAAAAAUACACACUGAGAUAUACCGGAGGAAUGGUACCAGACGUCAACCAGAUUAUUGUGAAAGAGAAGGGUGUAUUUACAAAUGUGACAUCUCCAUCAGCCAAAGCCAAGCUGAGGCUGCUGUUUGAGGUCGCUCCCUUAGGGCUCUUGAUUGAAAAGGCAGGAGGUUUCAGCAGUGAUGGUCAUCAGUCUGUGCUAGACAAGGUCAUAAAUAACCUUGAUGAGAGAACUCAAGUUGCUUAUGGAUCCAAGAACGAGAUCAUCCGGUUUGAAGAAACUCUCUACGGUUCAUCCAGACUCAAAGGUGGUGUUCCUGUUGGAGCAGCUGCUUAAGCUGUUGAGCUGCAAUCCCAUCGGAAAUUUUCAUCUCUUUUUUGUGAAGAAAGAUAUAUGUUGUUAUCAAUCUUACGGACAAGUGGUUAUGAUUUAGUAACAUAUUUUCAGUUUAUGGUGAUAACAAAGUUAAGUUGACGUUGAUAAGACUGAGAUCAUCUCGUCAAGUUCACUGUCCAUUAAGCAAUGCCUUGUGAAUUUUGGUUCAUCGAAUACAGACUCAAAAUCAAAGUUUCAAUGAGA